GCACCCACUCCGGUCUGUCAUCUCACACCGAAAGAGCGUGCCCGGGAAGCCGAAAAGGAAAAAAAUGAGAUUAAUAAGCAAAGAACGGCAACGGGAAAUGGAGAUUUUGAAGAAAGGAGGAAGAAAGGCGAUGGGAGUCCCUGACGAGCCUAUGAUUAUGGGAACUCCGGGGCUGGAUUUGAUUACAUUGGGCCUUGUCGAUGCUGAUAAGAUACCCAAAUAUGAGCUGACGGUGGAGGAUGGUCGGAGAUUGGCCAAGGAGUAUAGUCGGGUUUUGAUGAGGAAGCGUAGGGCUAGGCAGGCUGCUGAGACUAAUUUGUUGAGAAUGAAAAAGGAGGCAAUUGAAGAGUUGCCGGAGAAACUUAAGGAGGCGGCAAUGAUACCGGAUUUGACCCCGUUUCCGGGAUAUCGACUUGUGGCAUCUUUAACUCCGCCUAUUGAAGGGUAUAUUGAGAAGGUUAAGGAAGCGACUAAGAAAAGUAAGCCAAGCAAAAGCUCGGGUGAAGGCGAGAUGGAAGGCAUGAUGUCAUACAUCCAAAUGGACAUUGGCUUAGCAGCCAUGCAAGAUUUGGAGAUUGAACAGCUCGAUGUCAAGACAAUGUUCCUUCAUGGCGAUCUAGAGAAAGAAAUCUACAUGGAGCAGCCUGAGAGAUUCAAAAACAUGAUUUCAAAAAGACGGAAAGCGAUCAUUGUGCCUUCAGAAAAAAGGUAUGUAAGUGGUGGUUUUCUUAUACUUCUGCUCUAUGUUGACGAUGUAUUAGUUAUUGGACAAGAUCUCAUAAAGAUAAUUGCUUUCAAGGAAGAACUAAGCAAGAGUUUCGCCAUGAAAGAUUUGGAAUCGGCUAAACAAAUCCUUGGGAUGCGAAUAACUCGUGUUAGAUCAAAGAGACUGUUAUGA